AUGAACGAGGACGCCGCCGAGGGGCCGAUUGCCGGGAGUGGCAGCGGCACUCUUAGCAUUCGCGUGCACCCCUCCAAGCUGCCCACCCAAUCUUUCUCAUCAUCAUCGCCGCCCCAAUCCACCACCUCCCCAUCUGCACCUUCGACAUCUCCUUCCGCCGCCACUUCUGCAUCUUCCACACCGAACAGCGGACGUCUGAUGAUCUCAGUUCUGUCCUACAACCUCAACCUGCUGCCCAAGGGUGUCAACCCGGUCGGCCAUCGCUACAAAUCGGCGCGAUUGGCAGAAUUCACGUCCAAAUGCCUGGGCGAGUACGACGUGAUGGCGCUGCAGGAGGUCUUCUCGACGCCCUACCUCCCCGCCGGCUUCGGCUGUCGUCAGGCCCAGAUCGUGGCCCUCGCCGCACGCCACGGCUACUCGGCCGUGCGAGGCCGCCAGCCCUCCCUCGCCGACAUGCUCACCCUCAAUCGAACGACAGACAGCGGGUUGUUGAUCCUGAGCAAGUACCCGGUGCUCAAGAGCGGCUCCUACACGUUCACCCACCGCGGUGCCCACAUGGACGCGGGCGCCUCCAAGGGCGUCAUCUUCGCCCUCAUCAAGGUGGGCCACGCCAACGUGCUCGUCUUCAACACCCACCUCCAGGCCACCCACUCCUCGUCGCAUCGCGCCGCCACGGCCGGCGGCCAUGGCCGCGGUGGGGCCAACUACGAGUCGAUCCGCUACCGACAGAUCCUCGAGCUCAAGAACUUCAUCAACAAGCAGCGUCACGUCAACGGCCGCGAUGUGCCGUGGCUGCUGACGGGCGACUUCAACAUCGACGCCAUCUCGCGGCCGGCGGUGGCCGACGAGUACGGCUACGUGUACGACAACACGAGCAUCGAGAGCGAGGAGUACAAGAAGCUGGUGAGCCUGCUCGACCCCGCCGGCCGCAUGCGCGACCUCCUCAAGGAGUGCAACAACGGCGAACAUCCCGCUACGCGACCACCACGGUUGGAGUUCCCGUCGUCGGUGGACCUGGUGUUCAAGCACAAGUACCCGCAGCGGCUGGACUACAUCUUCUGGUCGAGUCCCGAGGGCGAGACCGCGCUCACCGUCCCCAAGUCGCGCCUGGACCACACCAAGGUGGUGCCGUUCGUGGUCACCGGCAUGGAGUUCUCGCACCUCUCCGACCACUACGGCAUCGAGACCACCCUCGAAUACCGCGGGAUCAAGGACGACGAAGACGCCAUCCUGUUCUCCACCGAGAAGGCCUUCUCCGACAUCUUCAACGACAAGCAAGCACCCGCACCGAGCAAGUGGUUCACGAAGGGGUGGAAGGUGCUGGCGCUGGUGGCGGCGUCGGUGUGGAUCCUGACCUGGAUCUACCCGCACUGCCCGCUGGAGGUGUUCGUCCAGGUGGCCCUCUUCAUGGGGGCCUACCUCGUCUACAAGCUCUACAAGCUCAUCGACAAGCUCCUCCGCAAGAAGCCCUUCAAGCACGACAUCGAGCCGGGGCAGCAGGUGAUGAAGAGCAUCAUCGGGAAGUACGAUGUGGCCAGGAAGGAGGGUCCGCUGCACCGUUCGCCCCACUCGCCCCACCGGUUGUUGGACCUUGCCGACGGUGCGUCCACGCUCUACGACAACUUCAGCGACGGUAGCCGUGGACCCUACGCGUGGCUCACCUACGACGAGGUGUGGACGCGCGUCAGCCACUUUGGCUCGGGUCUGCUCAACCUCGGCUACAAGAAGGGGGACCUGGUGGGCAUAUUUUCGGAAAAUCGGGUCGAGUGGGUGGUGACGGAGCAGGCCUGCAACGCCUACUCGCUGGUGUGCGUGCCUGUCUACGACGCCGGCGACGGCUGCCUCCAAUACAUCCUCAACCACGCUCGCCUCACCGUCCUGCUGGACAUGUCGGCGGCAUGCCCGGACCUGCGAGUGAUCAUCCAGAUGGAGCCCAUCGAAUACGAAGAGAGCUACGCGGCCGACCAAUGCAACAUUCGCCUCAUUCCCUACAACUUCGUCGAAAAAGAUGGUCUUCGAAGGCCGCAGCCGCACGUGCCGCCAGAGGCGGACGAUCUGGCCACGCUGGCCUACGACAUGAGCACGCAGGGGAAGAUCAAGGGCGUCAUGCUCUCCCACCGCAAUCUCCUCUCCUCCAGCCGCGCCCUCGGAAGGUCGAGGCUGAUGCUCACAUGCGAGGAUGUACACAUCUCCUACAUUCCCCUCCACAUGCGCAUCGAGCGCUCCGUGCUGGCUCUCCUCUUCUCCGUCGGCGCCUCCCUGGGCUUCUCCCAAGAGGAUGGAUCGAAAAUAUUUGACGACAUCCAGGUGCUGCGGCCGACGUUGCUGUUCGGGGUGCCGGGCAUGUUCAUUCGGCUGUACCGCAAGUGCAAGGUCAUCGUCUCCUCGUGGUGGGGACCGCGCCAGGCCCUCUUUCACUACGCCUACAAGCGCAAGCAACGCGCCCACCGCAAACGUCGAGACACGCCGUUUUGGAACAAAGUGCUGUUUCGCAAGUUUGCCGCCCGCCUGGGCGGGCGGGUGAGACUCAUCAGCAUCCUGAGCGACGGGUUGCUGCCCCUCGUACACAAGGAGUUCCUCCAAAUUUGCUUCUGCUGUUGGGUGACGGAGUCCUACUGGAAGGGGACGGUGGGCGUGGUGACGGGCUCCAGCAUGUACUCCUUCGCCGAGGACGAGCAGGCCGGCUACCCCCUGCCCUGCAACGAAAUCAAGCUCGUCGACAUCCCCCAGCAGGGCUUCUCCUCUCGCGGGACGCCGGAGCGAGGGCGCAUCAAGAUCCGGGGACACAACGUGUUCGUGGGGUACUACGGGGACUCCAAGCUGACGGACGCCAAGAUCGACGCCGAGGGGUGGCUCACCACCAACGACAUCGGGCAGUGGAACCCCAACGGCACCCUCACCGUCCUCGGCCACGAGCAGGGCAUCCUCCAGCCCGUCAAGGGCCAGAUCGUCUUCAACAAGUACCUGGAGUACCUGUACCUGGAGAGCUACUUCGUGCAGCAGAUCUUCGUGACGUGUCUGCCCUUCCGGCCGCUCGUGGCGGUCGUGGUGCCCGACCACGAGGUCCUCUGCUGGUGGGCCAAGGAGAACAACCUCCAGCACGACUUCCGCCCCGAGACCCUCUGCCGCGACCCGCGCGUGCGCGAGGCCGUCCUCAAGGACCUCGAGGCCGUCGCCGACCAACACAAGAGCUUGAGCGCGUGGGAGUAUGUGAAGGCGGUGCAUCUGGAGCCGUCGUUCUUCAACGUGGAGAACCAGUGCAUCACGCCCACGUUCACCCUGCGGCGCCAGCACCUGCGCGUCCGCUUCAGCGAACAGAUCAUGGAAAUGUACCGCGAGCUCUCCGCCGACAUUCACGACGACAUCGCCCACCACCACCAUCACCACCAUCACCUCGGGGCCAACGGCGCCGGCAGCCACAGCGCCGGCGGCGACAGCAGCAGCGGCGGCAGCGCGCGUGACGGCGACAGCGGCGACGAGAAGCCGAUGCCGCCGUUGCGCAGCAGUCAGCUCACGCUGCCGACCUACACCGACACGAAGCGCACGCCCUACCUGCCCACCUACCAGUCGCUGGCCUCGGGCGGCCCGGCCCUCGACCCGCUCCGCCACGCCUCGCCCGACCGAGACCGGUCGGGCAUCAUGGGCAGCGACGCCGCGGCUGCGGCCGGCGUCAGUGUCGACACCAACGGCCUCGUGGGCGCCGAUGGCAGCGCGCCGUCGACGCUCUCCUACUGCCUGCGCCGCUCGCACGCCGGGAUGCCGUUGUCGCUGUCGUCGCCCUCGCUGUCGAGCCUCGACGUGGCGGGCGACGUGCGCUACUGUGCCGUGUGCCGACGGCGCCUGCGGCCGCGGUCGCUCUCCUCGUCCUACGUGACCACCCCUCCCGGCGGCUCGUCGUCUUCAACUACCGACGGCGGCGAGCGCGAGGCGGCGGACCAGUUGCUGGUGGGCGGCGUGACCGGUCUUCUGCUGCCUAUCAACAGCAGCGACCGGAUCGACGAUGACGAUGACGACGAAAGCAGCGACAACAGCGAAAGCGAAGACGAAAGCGACGACGACGUCGAGUUUGAUGACAACGGCAACGCCAGCGACACCGAAGUCGUGCGCACCCUCUGUUGA